AAUUAAUUGUCGCUAAAUUUUAUUUUUAAAUUCAAGUGACAAUUUUUCACGUAAAAAGUGAUGUGAAAUAAUUUAAAAAAUAAAAAUAAACCGAAUUUUUCACGCGUUAAUUUCUUCAAUAGCGGCGUUAAUAGAGCGGGAAUUUUUAAACUCACCCGACAUAUUUUAUUUUGCUUAUCAAUCAAGCAAGCUUUUGUUUGCUUCGCGGCUCGCUUGAUUAGGACUUGAAUAAACAAAUUCUGGGUGUUGAAUAAAAAAAAAAAAAAAAAGUAAUAAAUUACACGAAUUUUUCUAUUCGCUAAGAGUGUCGUGUUCUAGUGGUUGAGUUGAAUUUUUAGUGGAUCUGAAGAAAAAAAACUUGUCGACCGAGUUCAUUUCGUUAAAAUAAGGUCAAGAGAGUUGGCAGCAGCAUCAUUUGAUACUGCUACUGACUUUGCCGGAGGGAGUAUUAUUUACAGUAAUAUAUCCUGGCAGCAGUGUAGAUGUAAAAAGAGGAGCAAAACCGAUCCGAAACCGAGCACUGGGAUGGGAGAGAAAGACAAAGGGAUGAUUUUGUAGUGGGCAGGAGAUUGGUCGCAUCAAAUGCUGUCAGCGCUAGAAAUCGAGAGCUGGUGUGACUGAAAAUGAGCGCGAUGCAAACGGGACGUGACAACGAGUCGGGGCCGAAGUUCGUAGGGUUGCAAACGAACAUUCUAAUUUAUCUAGUACUCUCUCAAUUUCUCAUACAAAUUGGCACCUUUAUUUAUCUGUGUGCGUAUAUUUCGCGACUGGAGAGCGAGAUCCAAGAUCUGGUCGCUCAGGUUGCUGACGAUGACGCUGAAAACACCAUCGAGGGGACUAACGACUUCGUUAGGCGAAAACGUAGCAGUGCUCUUCCUCUUCCUGAAGAUAAUGCUGUAUCCGAGGUUUUCAGGUUCGAAGUGAUGGACGCACUCUGCAGAAAAUCAGCAGAAUACUGUCCUCCAGGACUGCCAGGCAUUCCAGGGUCUCCAGGACUUCCCGGAGAUCGGGGACUGCCAGGAACACCAGGCCCAAUAGGUCCAGAAGGGCCACCGGGAAUUCCGGGGUACACUGGAGAACGUGGACCACGCGGAGAACCCGGACCUCCUAGUUUUGAUGGUCGCGACGGCAUCCCCGGAGAGCCGGGACUCGACGGCAUACCUGGAAGAAGUGGUCUUGACGGGAUUCCGGGCACUGACGGCAAAGAUGGACGUGACGGGACUCCCGGAUUGCCUGGACGAAAUGGGAUAGACGGCAAAAGAGGACUCAAAGGCUCGACUGGACCCCCAGGACCUCAAGGGCCACCCGGCGCUCGAGGAGAACGCGGUAUUCCAGGAACUCCAGGCAAAGACGGGACUCCAGGAAUGCCCGGAGUGGUGGCGUGGGAAGUCAGGAGAAAUGACAGCAGAUCCAAUGAACUGCUCAUACCGCCCUCUAUUCUCAGUGAGAAUCUUCCGAGACACGUCACCUCUGUACCGGAGCGGUCAUAUUUGCAAUUGCAGUGCGGGGCUAGCGGUAAUCCGAGACCUGUUAUCCAGUGGUCGAAGACCAGCGGUGCGGCGAUACCCAUCGGCUCUUGGCAUCAUUCGUCAGUAAUUGGAACUAUUCUGAAUAUUACCGUUGUUAACCGAGAACACAUGGGAGAAUACAUGUGUAUAGCUGACAACGGAAUACCGCCUCGGGCUAGUUACAAAUUUCGUCUCGAGGUACAAUUUCCGCCGUUCAUCAGAGUCUGUCACCAGACAAUAAGAGUCCAGUUGGGCGGGAUGGCUAUUUUAGAGUGUGACAUUGAAGCUUUUCCCGAACCGUCAGUUUGGUGGGAAAGAGACGAUGGCAAGCCUUUGGAACAGUCGCCUAAACACCGAAUGGAAGUUUAUGACAAGAGAGAUUUGUACAAAUUUAAAAUGCGGCUAAACAUCACGAAAAUAACGUACCAAGAUCACGGGUCGUACCACUGUGCGGCGAAGAACGUGAUGGAUAUAACAAAGGGCACGGUGAUGGUUUAUGAUGGCACAAAGAGAGUAUCGAUGGAUAGCGGCGAGUUACGCCGCGAAGUGGUUUAUGGGGAGAGACCACCCAAAAAAGUAGACAUACAUGAUAUUUGUCCGCCUCAACUCAGCUGCGAUAAUUGCCCGCAAAACAAAUGCGGGUUUUCCGACUUUGGCGGGUGCUUUGACAUCAGGCAACUCGUCAGCGAUGUUAAUUACACCGGAUUAUCGCCUCGACAGGGUGUGGGGAUACUGGAAGCCGUCGGAAAGCCGGUGUUCAAAGGGAAUAUGGAUGAUACUCACGGAUAUUGGAUGUAUGACGCUUUGCCGAGAACAGAAUCUAUAUCUGAGAAGCUCUGGGUCACACGCAGCAACAACUCUUGGUAUAUAUUUGAGUAUAACAAAAAAGACGAUGUCAAGAGAGGUCAAUCACGCUCUAUACGCCUGCCCUAUCCAUUCAAGGGCAACGGACACGUUGUGUACAAUGGAUCAUUUUACUACAACCCGGAAAAUCGGAGCUCAAUUUACCGUCUGGACCUGGGGAGUGCACAGACCACCCACAAUAAGCCGCAGUAUCACAUGGAGCUAAUUCUCCCGGGAUUAAGAAUAAAUGAUAACAACUACUUGUAUUCACGUGACCACGACUCGAGCUACGUGGAUUUUGACGUAGAUGAGAACGGUUUAUGGGUCAUUUAUGGUCUGCCGUUGAACUACACAGCAGUGUUGAAAGUUGAUACCGUAAACAUGCGAGCUCAACAGGCCUGGAAUAUAAGCAUCGACCAUCACAGAUUCGGGGAGAUGUUUAUUGCUUCCGGCGUGCUCUACGCAGUUCACAACGUCACUGGGCCUAGUUUAGAAAUACGACUGGCACUGGAUUUAUACAGACACGCGAUCCUCGACGUUCACCUGUCGUUUUCAAAUCCCUUUCGUAAAACGACAAUGAUUCGAUAUAAUCACAAGAUGAAAGAACUUUACACAUGGGACAAAGGAAAUCUUCUAGCAUAUCCGGUGAAAUAUCAAGACACCAACAGUACCAUCGGCUAUUAUUAAGUGUAUAUUUUUGAUUUAA